CAAGAACGAUAACCCUAGGUCCAUAAUCGAAAUUCCAAAUUCCAAAUUCAUUGAGGAUUUUGAUUAGGAAUUCGCUCUGGUAUCUCUCCUUUAUUGAUCGUAGAUUGUGGGGGAAGAGAAAGAGAAGGAGAAGACGAAGAAGAUGUUCAGAUUUCUGUAAAAGACAAGUUUAGAAACAGAGAGAAGCAGAGGUUUGAAUCGGGGGAAGAACUACUACUGUAAAGCUGAAAACUUAAAGAGGAAUUCGAAUGCAUUAAUGGCGUAUCAACGUAUACUGAGUUUUUUGAUCAAUGAAAAACCCUAAUCAGGUAUCUGAAACUCAGCGGAGCUGUCGAUGCAUGUCUCCGGAUUCCCUCUCGAUCUAUAUUGGUAUCUCCAAAUCUUGGUCACAGCUCUUCUCAUUGGCGUUGGAUUACUCCAGCUUUUGAAGAGUACUGCAUCGAAGUACUUCAUGGUCGACGCCAAUUUCGAUUCUCCUGAACCGGCGUUGCCAGACGUCAACGCUACCAAGAUGGUGGAAACUGCCGCCUUGAAUGGGACAUCUUGCGUGGUUUGUGGCCAAUUGACGACGAAACAAUGCGCUGGAUGUAAACUUGUCAAAUACUGCUCGUCAGCUUGCCAAAAAUCUCACUGGGAAUCUGGUCAUAAGAAAAAUUGCAACAAACUCAAAACAUCUUCUUUUAAGGCAGGAUCAAUGUCUUCUCCCCAAAGUUGUAGCAGUACCACUGGAGCUGCAACGUUUGCUGUCAAUGGAAACAAAGAUAUUGUCAAGCAGGUCAAAAAGAUUCUCUUUCCUUAUGAAGAAUUUCUGGGACUUUUUAAUUGGACAAAAACUGGUUUUCCUCCAUGUGGACUAUUAAAUUGUGGUAACAGUUGCUUUGCUAAUGCGGUUCUGCAGUGCCUUGCUUCCACUAGGCCACUUGUUGCCUUUUUGUUGGAGAAAGGCCAUCAACGAGAAUGCAGGCGUAAUGAUUGGUGCUUCUUAUGUGAAUUCCAAACCCACAUUGAAAGAGCCAGCAGGAGCUCACAACCUUUUUCACCAAUAAAUAUUCUUUCACGUUUGCCUAAUAUUGGUGGCAAUCUUGGUUAUGGAAAACAAGAGGAUGCUCACGAGUUUCUCAGGUUUGCAAUUGAUAGAAUGCAAUCAGUGUGCUUGGACGAGUUUGGUGGUGAAAAGGCUCUUCAUCCUAGCUCCCAAGAAACCACACUUAUUCAGCAUAUAUUUGGAGGUCAUCUCCAAUCUCAGGUGAUUUGCACAAAAUGUAACAACGUUUCAGAUCAGUACGAAAAUAUGAUGGAUUUAACGGUAGAAAUUCAUGGGGAUUCUGCUUCUUUGGAGGAAUGUUUGGACCAAUUCACAGCCAAAGAGUGGCUUCAUGGGGACAAUAUGUAUAAAUGCGACGGGUGCAAUGAAUAUGUAAUGGCAUGGAAGCGUCUUACUAUUCGACGAGCUCCAAAUAUUUUAACAAUAGCUCUGAAGAGGUUUCAGAGUGGUAGGUUUGGAAAACUCAACAAGAGGAUAACUUUCCCUGAGACAUUAGAUCUUAGCCCUUACAUGAGUGAGUCUGGAGAUGGUACUGACCUAUACAAGCUUUAUGCUGUUGUAGUACAUGUGGACAUGCUGAAUGCUUCUUUUUUCGGCCACUACAUUUGCUAUACGAAAGAUUUGUCAGGAUCCUGGUACUUGAUUGAUGAUUCCAAGGUUUCUAAGGUUGAUUUAGAGGAGGUUCUCUCGCAAGGAGCUUAUAUGCUUUUGUAUAGCAGGGUUUGUGUUCAACCAGAAUGUCUAAGGCAUACCGAGUUUCUAGGCUCUGAGGAGCAACAUGAGAAAGUUGUUGAAAUAGAAAAAGCCAUCUCUUCAGAAAACUCAAUUCAAGAAUUUGCUCAGUUUGAGUCUAUAGAUGAUGUUCUUGAUAUGGUUUCCUCAACUUCUUCGGGUUGCAGAUCUAUAGAAAAUGUGCAAGAAAACACAGAGAUGUUUGAUUCUGAUGAGCCAAUCGUGGAUGCUUCUCAAAUUGAACAAAAUGCUUCCAUUAACCUGUCAAAUAGUUUAUAUGAGCCGGUUUCCUUAAACGGAGAAGUUAAACUUAAACCCGAGUGUCAUGAUUUGGUUUCUAACUUAACUAGAGGUGUGAAAAGCAUUGACGAGAUCGUGUGUGGACAAAAUGGCGAAACAUCUUGCAGUGUUCCAAACGAGGAUCUAAUAAUUUCGGAUGAAGUCCAACACGGAAAGAACUUUGCUGACCAACCGCUCGGGAAUAGUAACAGAUCUGGAAAGAGUUUAUUAGCAAGGAUUAACGAAACAGAAGAGAAAUUACUAGGAGCAAAAUUGAAGCCUCUGAUUGCUUCUGGUUUUUUUGGGGAGCGUCCGAGAAUGUAAAAGAUUUUAGACAUCAAAAAUAGAAGGGACUCGUCCAGAAACCGGGUAAUUUUUGCUUCUAAUAGAUGAAUAAAUGAAUUGGUUGAAUUAUUAGGUGGAACGGAACAUAUCUUUGAGCUUCUUUUUUUUAAAUUUAAUUUGAUGGGAUGUUGAAUGAAUGAAGUCUUCAUCCCUCCUUUUAACAUAUUCAGAUGAUAUUAUUUAUGAGUAGAAAACAGUAAAAGAGAGCAGAAAAUCUUGUGGAGGAAGAAGGAAGGAUUGAUUUAUGAUUGGUUGGCUUAGUUUUAGGUUAUUUGAUUGUUGGAGUUGCAGAUUUUCCAAAUCCUAAAUAAUGGGUGAUGAUGAUGAUCAUAUGUUCAAUCUAGAGAUUUUUUGUCGUUUUUUUUUUGUAUUUGUUCUUUCGGUUGUUGUUGAAUGGUCUCAAUCUUUAUUUACGAGAAUUUCCUCUUAUGGAUU